UAAAGAAUUAAUACAUAUUUUUUGUGUUAUAAAUUAUUUAUCUGAACAACACAAAAAGGAAAAGAAAAACUACCAAACGGCUAUUGUUAUUGGGUUUGUGUUCGUGAGGGAAAGAGAGAGAAUUGUGGGAUUUUGCGGGAUUUCUGUUUCCGGAUUUCAUUUUUAUAAAUUAUUUCUAAAGUCUCUGCCUUUUUUAAAAAAAAAAUUUGGGUUUGGAUUGAAUUUUUGAUUCAGAAACAUGGCUGACGGCUAUUAUAAUUCCAAGAAAACGGAUGAUAUUUGUGAACAAGUUUGUGGCCAGCAGUCGUCUCGAGCAGCUUUAAGCAUGUCAAGACUGAAGUGUAUCUUGCGAGGAUUGGAUAUCAAAGCUUACAUAUUGUUGUUCGUGGUUAUUCCAUUAGCGACAGUUGGUGUGUAUGUUCAUGGCCAGAAGAUUUCUUACUUUCUGAGACCUUUAUGGGAAUCUCCCCCGAAAUCUUUUCAUAUUGUUCCUCACUAUUAUCAUGAGAAUGUAUCGAUGGAGUCUCUUUGCAGACUUCACGGAUGGGGAAUUCGCGAAUCACCUAGACGGGUUUUUGAUGCUGUUUUAUUCAGUAAUGAGGUAGAUAUUCUCACCAUUCGUUGGAAUGAAUUGUAUCCUUAUAUUACACAAUUUGUUCUCCUAGAAUCAAACUCAACUUUUACUGGUCUGCCCAAAUCGUUAGUGUUUGCACGUAAUAGGGACAAGUUUAAAUUUAUAGAGCCCCGUUUGACUUAUGGGACAAUUGGUGGGAGAUUUAAGAAAGGCGAAAACCCCUUUGUUGAAGAGGCUUAUCAGAGAGUAGCAUUGGACCAACUAAUUAGAAUAGCUGGUAUAGAAGAUGAUGAUUUGUUGAUUAUGUCUGAUGUCGACGAGAUUCCUAGUGCUCACACGAUUGAUCUCUUGAGGUGGUGUGACGACAUCCCACCUGUCCUUCAUCUUCAGUUAAGAAAUUACUUGUAUUCUUUUGAAUUUUAUCUAGACAGCAAAAGCUGGCGCGCUUCAGUUCACAGGUACAUGACUGGGGAAACUAGAUAUGCACAUUAUCGUCAGGCGGAUAUUCUUUUGGCAGAUUCGGGUUGGCACUGUAGCUUUUGCUUUCGCUACAUUACUGAUUUCAUAUUUAAGAUGAAAGCUUAUAGCCAUUAUGACCGGGUGAGGUUUUCUCAUUUUCUGAACCCGAAAAGAGUUCAAGAUAUUAUCUGUAAAGGAGCUGAUCUAUUUGACAUGAUUCCCGAAGAAUAUACAUUCAAGGAGAUCAUAGGAAAGUUGGGACCUAUUCCUCAUUCUUAUUCGGCAGUUCAUCUUCCUUCACAUUUACUGAAUAAUGUCGAUAAGUACAAAUAUCUCUUGCCUGGAAACUGCAUAAGAGAAAGUGGCUGAGCUUGUUGUAAUAUCUCGGAAACUUAGUCGUAUAUCUGUAAAUGUUGGAAGAUUCAUGCUGUGGUUUACACCAAAUAGGGCUGUAUUAGUAAGUGAUGUGUGGCUGCAGAAUUGUUAUAGGUGGUAGACCUAGUAUCCAGAAAGUCAAUGCAAUUCUUUAGAAAGUUGUAGUUCGAGGGACUUGACGGGCGAAAAUCGUGCUCCUUUUUUUUAGAUGUAACCAAUUUUUCGAGGGGGUGUAGCUAGCUUGUUAGUUUCUGUAGUAGCCCACCUCUUGUCAAUAUGCCAUAGGCAUACCCCCCCAGGUUGAAUGACAUUUUCCCAGUUUUUCUAUGAUGGGAAUUUUUGAUUUUCACUAAUUUAUUAUUAUACCUUUUGUUCAUUUA